UUACCCAUGUCGUUCCCCCUCAUUUUUCCCCCCUUUUUUUUCCUAGGAACCGCCGCCCACCUCCCCUUUCCUCUCAUCCGACUCUUCCUCCUCAACACUUCCUCCUCUUUCCCUCCGCCCUCACCUCCAUCACCCGCGCCACCUCCUCCCACUUGUGCACCGCCGCUUCCAGCUCUGCGCCCGCGGCCUCCAGCUCUGCGGCCUCCAGCUCCACGGCCGUGGCCUCCAGCUCUGCGGCCUCCAGCUCUGCGGCCUCCAGCUGUGCGGCCUCCAGCUCCGCGGCCGUGGCCUCCAGCUCCGCGGCGGCCACUUCCAACUCCGCGCGCCGCCGCCUCCAGCAUCGUAGCCGCCGCCUCCAGCUCCGCACGCCGUCGCCUCGAGCUUGGCGGCCGCCGCCUACAACUCCAAAACCCCUGCUCCUCUAUCGAUCUGAGAUGGACUCUAAGGGUAAAGAGAGAAGUUCAAAAAGACCAUAUUCUGAUCAAAGGGACUAUGAUGAGAUGCUUCUUGGCUCGGACCAUUUUCUACAUGAAUUUUUGCGAAACGAACUUCAUUCUACUAAAUCUCUAGAAGAUCAGCCCGCCUUGUCACUUGAGCAUGCACUUCAUCAUUAUAUGAAUCAUCUAGUUUCUAGCUUGCACCAAGAGCAACGCCCAUCACUUACUUCUGAAAUUCUAGAUAACAAUAUUCCUGUCCAAAUAGGGUCAACACAGAACCAGCAUGAUCUAGCUAAACAAUUACCACGACAACAUCAUGAUGCUCACUCUAUUCCUAUCCUCGAGCAGCCACAUAGUGAUCCAGCUAUAGAUAAACAACCUAUUUUGGGAACCGUUCGGAGUCAACAAAGUGAAGAUCCUCUACAAAAUUCAACAUUUCCUGAAGAUUCUGAAGAUGACAUAGAUUCUGAAGAAGAUGAGGAUAUAAAUCCCGAUUCCAUUGAACUAUCCAAGAGGAAACGAGGGUGUACAAAGUUGCUUAAAAUAUUUAAAAGAGAAUCUCCAAAAUCUGUGAAGUUUAAUAAGUAUGGACAACCUAUUGGAAAAACAGCUACUACUUUAAGCAAUUUCUUGGGUUUGAUAGCAAGAAAUGGACGUGUCACUUCACUCCAAUAUAAGGAUUGGAGGAUGGUACCGGCCACUAUUAAAGAUACAAUAUGGCUGAUUGUGCAGAAAAAAUUCAUCAUUCCAGUCAGUGGAAAAAGAUGGGUUAUGAUGUCUGUAGGAAAAAAAUGGAGAGAGUUCAAAACUAGACUUAAGAAACACAACUAUGACCCGUACAAGACAUAUCAAGAAAGGAUAGCACACCGUGAUGAUCGUGUAGCUCCAAACGAAUGGGAAUAUCUUAUUAAGUAUUGGAGUUCUGAAGUGGGACAGGAGCGUUGUGCCAAAAACAAAACCAGUAGGGCAAAGCAAACAACUACACAUACUUCAGGAACAAAGAGCUUCGCAAGGGUUCGAGCAGAGAUGGCAAAGGAAAAUAAUAAAAUUCUGCCAAAAAGACACGAGGUUUACAUAAGAACGCACACUCACAAAAAUGGUGAGCCUAUGGAUAGUUGCAAAAAAGAAAUAGGUCAAAUUAAUGAAAUUUCUGCUCUUUAUUCUGAUAUUGCGGGAAAAAAAGCUAGUAGGGAUGACCUUUUUGCUAGAAUACUUGGAGAAGAUAAGCGAAAUACAAUUCGCAGUUAUGGCUUGGGUGUUGCUGCCACAAAAGUAUUUGGAUUAGAUCCAACUCGUGCUGAAUGUUUAAGAAUGCUUUCCGAAUCUGAAAAUGAGCAUGAGAAGGAGAGGCAUGAAAUGCAACAACAAUUGGAUAAUAUGAAGCAAAAAUAUGAAGAUAUGCAAAAUGAAGUGGCAAUAUUGAAGGCACAGUUUGAAGUAAUAAGCAAAAGGCCCGAAGGCGUACCUACAUCAAGGAGAAAAGAUAUGCAACAUAAUGAAAUUCUAGAUACUAUACCGGUUGUAAACGCCAAUGUUUGUCCAAAAGAACCAUCAUGGAAUGAAGUAAGCUCUUUACAGUCUAGUUAUGAAAUUCCACAAAAUCAGGAAUCUCGAUCAAGAAUGAAGAAGAUUCGAAUUGCAACAGAUAAUUGGGAUGGAAGUGAAGUAUAUUUGAAGAGUUUAAAGAAGCCCCACAAUAAUGUAGCGCAGGGUACUCUUUUAAGUAAGGACCCAAAAACCAAAGUAGGCGGGGUCGAGUUAGGACCACAGUGCUGGGAAAUUCAAAUUGAUAUACCUAUCAUCCGCGUUGAACCAUUGCUAAGAUCAUAUAAAGGGUAUCGAACCAUCGGAGAUGCCGUAGGAGCAAGUGUGGCCUGGCCAUUUACUUUUAUUAAACGCAAGUAGGAUUGAAGAUAUGCGGUUUCACUAUUCAAGCAUUUUGGAAAUCUUCGCAAUAGAGGAAUAUUAGUUACUAUUUUAAUAUAUUCAUGGUUGUGAUUAUUAAAAGACCAUAUCAACUAUAUUGUAUAUGGAUAUACUUAAUUAUGUCCUUGUGUUAGGUUGUUAACAUUUUGAAGCACUUGUUUGUUAUGUUUAAUAUGUACGUACGUACAUGGAUA